AUGGCAUAUGAGUCACCGCGGUUCCCCUCCGUCUUCAACCCAGGCUUUUCUGUUGAUUGGGAGAAGUGGAUAGAGGAGAUCAGAGAUUUUCGGGAGCCCCACGACUCACGUCCGCUGCGCCGAAUCCUACCGUUGAGAUUCUCCCCCAAAUCCCCCGCCCGCAGUCAGGUCUUAUGCUUGAGUUUGAUUUAUUACAUGAGGAAGUGA